AUGGAAAAUAGUUGUGAACCAUCGAACGAUAAGAGGUCACUCGUGAAAGCUAAAUCUGUCAAUAGUGGAUGCACGAAGCAAAUGAGGAGUGAGCCGGUCAAGAGGAAAUCGUUUAACGUGAACGAAGCGGUUCGUUCACUGGAUCUAGCGUUAGUGAGACUGAAAAAGAGCAAGCUGGUCAAUGGAGAUAUUGUUCCGAAUAGUACUAAUCUAGGCAGAAAAGAUCCGAUGGAACACAUCACGAAUCAGACCAAUUUCACUGACAAUUCGUCCGUGGUUUCCUUGAACUUUUCCCAAUACGAACUUAUGCGUAAUCUUUCAAGAUCGAAUUGCAAUCUCGAUAACGCCUUCAGCAACACCACCUGCGAAACAUUCUCCAGUCUCACCGACAUACCAGCCAGAGACGAACAACUUGAGAGAUAUUUUAGGAGUAUAGAUGUAUGGAGCCGGAAUCACAGAGACGCUAGUUCGAGCGAGAUGUAA